AUGGAUAGUUGGUAUGUGAGGGAGAUACGCAGGAGAUUCAAAUUAAAUCAAAUUGCAGGCAAGAAGGAUAAUAGGGGAAGUGCUCGAGAUGCGAUAGUGGGGCUGAGAUCGCAGCUAUUGAUGCUCGACAAGAAGGAGGAGCACUUGAAUAAGAAAAUAGACGAAGAAUUAAAGAAGGCCAAGUCAAAUGCCACGACUAACAAACGCCUCGCGACGGCUGCCUUGCGCCAGAAGAAAGCAUUCGAAGGGGAGUUGGAUAGAAUCGCAGGAACGAGACUGACGCUUGAGUCGCAAGUCAAUGCACUCGAAUCUGCCAAUAUGAACCUCGAGACGAUCAACGCUAUGAAGAAGGGCUCGGAUGCUUUGAAAUCAAUACACGGUAAUCUCAAUAUAGACAAGGUGGACAACACGAUGGACAGCAUUCGCGAACAAAUGGAUUUGACCAAUGAGAUCUCUGACGCGAUAUCGAACCCCGUGCAUCACGACCCUGUUGAUGAGGAUGAGUUGAAUGUUGAGCUCGAGCAGCUCGAGCAGGAUGAGCUGAAUAAUAGGCUCUUGGGCGCGGAAAGGGCGCCUAUGCACACACCCGCUGCUGCUCAGACACCCGCUCAACCAGCACAAGCCAGCUCGAGCGGCUAUAUACCACCAGCCCCUUCGAACGCUGCUCCUCCGCACUCUCAAGACCAGGAAGACGACGAGGACGAGGAACUCAGACAGUUACAAGCCCAAUUAGCUAUGUAG